AUGUCUACAUAUGAAGAGGAACAUGGAAUACAACAAAAUUCAAGAGCCACUCAAGAAAUAGGAGAAAAUUCACAAGAAGAGCAGAGAAGACAGGUUAGGUCCCAACUACAGGGUUUAUUCCAAAAUUUUGGUAGCUCUGGGGGUGAAGGGAAUAGAUAUUCUGAUUCAACAUUACUCUUACAAUUAUUGUCGCAGUUGCUUCCAGAAUCAUUACAGGAAGAAUGGCUGCAAGAAAUGGAUAAAGGCAAGAAUGCAGGCUGUCCGGAUAGUUUUGCAUCGUCUUUACCACGGAUCAACAAAAGAAAACUCAAGGUCACUGACAACUGCUCUAUUUGCUAUACUAAUUAUUUAGAAGAUGAGUACCCCUUAGUAGUUGAAUUACCACAUUGCCAUCACAAAUUUGAUUUGGAGUGCCUAUCUGUUUGGCUUUCUCGAAGUACAACCUGUCCACUAUGUAGGGAUGAUGUUAUGGGCCACCGAAUCAUCAACGAAAUUGAUACAACGGAAGCAGAAUUAGAAGAAGAUUGGGGUAUGUACGGUUAG